AUGAUCUCAAAGAUAUCGCUCUAUUCUGCGGUUGCUUCCGUAUUAACUCAAGCUGUCUAUGGCAUCCCUUACAGCUUGAAGCAGUCUCUGCGUGUCGAAAGUUUCAUCAAUCAGGGCAUCACCGGUUUCAACAUGGUCUCGUCGCUCAUUAUCGGCUCCGAGACAGCAGUCCUCAUCGACAUGCCUAUGUCUAUCCCUUCGGCAAACGUCCUGGCUUCGUGGAUAAGAAACCAAACCGAUAAGCCACUCGUGGCGGCUUUCACUACACAUCAUCAUGUCGACCAUUACCUUGGCGCAUCAACGUUAUUGUCUCAUUUCAACGAGACGGCCUUCUACGCCAGCGAGAGGGUUGUAGAUCAUAUCCGUGUCGAGCUCCCAGAGCUGGUAAUUCAUACCCCACUCACCCCUAUUCCAGAUCAUACUUCCCGAAUGAGACUCGCAUUUGGUCCAGAAAAUGUAUCGGAAGUUCCCGCCUCACCAACUGCGUAUAACAAUACAUUUUUUACCCUCAGCGGCCAUGAGGAUGAGCCCAUUCACUUGAUAAACAACCUAGUAUUCGACACUGUCGACGGUACAAUGUUCUGGAUCCCAUCUCUAAGGACUUUAAUCGCUGGCGACUCAGUUUACCAUCGCACAAUGCAUCUAUGGAUGGCCGACAUGGAUACCAAAGCCCUCUCAGAUGCAUGGCUCAAGACAUUGGACUUUAUUACCAACCUACGACCAGUCAAGUUGAUCACAGGCCAUGCGGGGACGCUACAAUUUAGCGCGCAGGAGGACAUCGCUCAUACACGCAGCUACAUCGAAUUCUUUGGAAAAGAAAUUAGCAGCAAAGGUAAAGACUUUUAUACUCCGAAGGAGAUUGUCGAUAUCAUGAGCGCCGGAUUUUCAGCUCAGCUCGAGUCCGAAGGCGGUGUUGCUUCCGCGAUGUUUCUAAACAAUACAGCAGAAAAGUACGGAAGGGGGUCAACGAGGCUGCCAGAUGUCUUGGACAUGACAAAGUAUAAUGAUACUAGGACUUUGCAAGGCUGGGAACUUAAGGCCUAA